ACGGUGCGGCGGCGGCAGUGGGUUCGGUUGCGCGUGGCGCACGGGGUGGGAGCGGAGCCCAGGCGGGGAGCAGGCGCUUCUGCCGCCGCCGGCAGCGACCAUGGGGAACGUGUUGGCCGCCAGUUCGCCACCCGCUGGGCCGCCGCCACCGCCUGCGCCCGCCCUCGUGGGAUUGCCGCCGCCUCCGCCCGCGCCUCCGGGUUUCACAUUGCCGCCCCUCGGAGGCGGCCUGGGCGCCGGGGCCAGCGCGGGGCGAGCCUCAGAACGGACCCCCGGAGCCGCUGGAGCCGGAGGGACCGCGGACGAUGGGGCCUGCGGCUGCCUGCCCAAUCCGGGCACGUUCGAGGAGUGCCACCGGAAGUGCAAGGAACUGUUUCCCAUCCAGAUGGAGGGUGUCAAACUCACAGUCAACAAAGGGUUGAGUAACCACUUCCAGGUCAACCACACGGUAGCCCUCAGCACAGUCGGGGAAUCCAACUACCACUUUGGGGUUACGUAUGUGGGAACCAAGCAGCUGAGUCCCACAGAGGCCUUCCCCGUGCUGGUGGGUGACAUGGACAACAGUGGCAGCCUCAACGCACAGCUCAUCCACCAACUGGGCCCCGGCCUUAGGUCCAAGAUGGCCAUCCAGACUCAGCAGUCAAAGUUCGUGAACUGGCAGGUGGACGGGGAAUACCGGGGUUCCGACUUCACUGCCGCUGUCACCCUUGGGAACCCAGACGUCCUCGUGGGCUCAGGUAUCCUCGUGGCCCAUUACCUCCAGAGCAUCACACCCUGUCUGGCCCUGGGUGGAGAGCUGGUCUACCACCGGCGGCCAGGGGAGGAGGGCACAGUCGUGUCUCUAGCUGGGAAAUACACAUUGAACAACUGGUUAGCCACAGUGACACUGGGCCAGGCUGGUAUGCACGCAACAUACUACCACAAAGCCAGUGACCAGUUACAAGUGGGUGUGGAGUUUGAGGCCAGCACGAGGAUGCAGGACACGAGUGUCUCCUUCGGGUACCAGCUGGACCUGCCCAAGGCCAAUCUCCUCUUCAAAGGCUCUGUGGACAGCAACUGGAUCGUGGGCGCUACGCUGGAGAAGAAGCUUCCGCCACUGCCCCUGACUCUGGCGCUGGGGGCCUUCCUGAAUCACCGCAAAAACAAGUUCCAGUGUGGCUUCGGCCUCACCAUUGGUUGA